AUGGAAACGAAAGGAGGCCAACGGGCCGCGGUCUUACUCUUUGCCCUUUGGGUGGGCACUCUGAACGCAUAGUAAGUCAAAACACUUUUGUCGUACUCGAGUCAUACUUGGUCUACGUCUAGUAUAACAAUAAAAUCUAAGAAUAAUGUUUGAGGCGGUAUUUUGCACUUAGUCAUCUGUUUUUUGCAAGCAAGCCCAAGAGUAUAACAAAUCAAAACUUUAUCGAUAUAAUGCAUACUUCAGUGAUGACGUAAAUGACCUUCCAUUUGUCACCACUUGGCUGAAUGAAAAAGCUCGUACUACCUUCACCGAGAAGGCCAAUUCCGAACGUGGCGAGUAUCUGAAGUCAGUCUACGAGGGACUUGAUGCUGACACCAAGAAGGAAGUCCACAACAAUCUCCUUCCCGAAUGUUAUUCCUGGUUCCUCACAGAAUCACAGAAGGAAGAACUCGAAGCACUUCACCAUUCUGGAGACCACGAGAGAUGUCAUAAGAGAAUUGCCGAUAUCAAAGCUGGUUUGACCAAGAAACAACAGGAAAAUAUCGCUAGCUAUUGGCCAUUGUGUGAGCAUGUUUGGUAUCAUGAAAGCCACAGUGACGAGGGACAUCACGACCAUCAUGCCCAUCAUCAUCACAGGAGAAGUGCAGAGGUAGGACCAAACUUUCGAGACAUUUUCUUUUUCGAAAUUUGAUGACAUUUAAUUGAUUACUUCCAAUUUUAGCAUCAUGUUCGCCCAGUUCGACAUGUCCACACUUCCUUUGACGAUUUUGCCGCUGAACAUUUGACUUGGCUUACUGAUGCUGAAAAGACUGAACUCAAAGCUCUUCAUGCCGGCGAUGAUCCACACAAAUCUGCUACUAAGCUGAUCUCCCUUUUCAAGGAUGCCUCAGGCGAAAAGAAAGAGAAAGCCAAAGCUCAACUUCUCGGUGCUUGCCGAGAAUUGAUCGUAAACACACUGGGUGCUGAUAAGGCGGACGAAUUGAAAAAGUUGAAAGAAUCAGGCGCAAAAACAGAAGUUUUGAGCAAAAAGGUUGACGACUGGCUAGCUGCAGUCACCGAUGAGGCCAAGAAGACUAAAGCUCUGAGAUUCAGACCUGUUUGCACUCAGAUCUACGAACUCAGCGGCUACAGUCGGAAGAGAAGACACAGUCACGGUGGAAAACAUAAUCAUAAAGGACAUCACGGAGAACAUGGACUCGAGGAUUAUCUCCACACUUAUUUGCAUUGGCUUACUGACGCCCAGAAAGAAACCCUCAGGGAAAUGAAGGUUGGAGGCAGUUCUGAAGCUGAAUUAAGACUCAAAGUCCUCGAAUUCUUCGAUCAUACCGAAGGAGACGACAGAGAAAGAGCUCAAGAGGCCCUUCAAGAAGGAUGCCGCACUCUGAUCUCUACUGUCAUCGGAGAGGAGAAUGCCAAAUUGUUGAAGAAAAUGAAGAAGGACGGAAGCAGCAAUGCUGAGGUUUACGCCAAGAUCCAAGAACUCUUGAGCAAGAUUGGGGACCAGAAGAAGGUCGAGAGAGCUCAGAAAUACAGUCCCACUUGCAAGAAGGCUUUUGGAAUUUCCAGUCGGGCACGUCGUGACCAUCAUCAUCAUGACCUCGAGUCUAAACUGAAGAGUCAAUGGAGCUGGUUGUCCAAUGAACAGAAGGAUGAAAUCAGAGAAUUGAAGAAACAGGGAAAGAAAGACGAUGUCUUGUUGAACAAAGUCUUUGAGUAUUUCAAAGCCUUGACUGGUAGUGCCAAGAGUGUCGCCGAAGACGGGCUUCAAACCUCUUGUGGAGGCCCAAUCUUGACCAUUCUGGGAACCGAAAAGGCCGAAGAAUUGAAGAAGUUCAUGGAGAAAGGAAGCACUCCAGCUGCCUACGAAGCCAAAGUCAAGGAACUCCUUCAGGCCAACCCACCAAAGAGAAAGCUCUCUCAAACUGAAGAAAACUGCAAGUUGGUCUUCACACAAGCCACUCGCAAACGCCGUCAUGAUCAUCAAGAGCAUCAUGGAAAGCACACCUUGGAAGACUACCUGAAAACUCAUUUGAGCUGGCUGACUGAAGACCAAAAGAACGCUAUUAGAGAACUUAAGAAGGCUGGAAAGAAUCGGGAUGAGAUCCAAGGGCAGGUCAUGAAGUUCUACAAGGAAGCCACUGGCGAACAGAAAGAAAAGGCUACCGCUCAACUUCAAGCUGGCUGCAAGGAAUUGCUGGUUGCUGUUGUUGGAAAGGAGAAGGCUGAUGAACUCAAAAAAUUGAAAGAAUCAGGAGCCACUGUCGCUGAUGUAAUUUCCAAGGCCGAGGAAUUCUUCAAGGCGGCUGGAGAAUCUGAGAUCGCCAAACAAGCCAUUCAUUAUCAAGCUCAUUGCAAGGAAAUCUUUGGUUUGAGCAGGGCACGAAGAAGUCAUGGCAACUCUGGACAUGAUCAUCAUCAUCACGAUUUGGAGGCGAAACUCAAAAGUCAAUGGAGUUUUCUGACUGACAAACAAAAGGAUGAAAUCAGGGAACUGAAGAAGCAAGGGAAGAAGGACGAUGUCUUGCUGAACAAAGUAUUUGAAUAUUUCAAAGCUUUGACUGGAAGUGCCAAGACCGCUGCUGAAGAUGGACUCCAGACUUCUUGUGGAGGCCCAAUCCUAACAAUCCUUGGAACUGAGAAGGCCGAGGAACUGAAGAAGUUCAUGGAGAAAGGAAGUACCCCAGCUGCCUAUGAAGCCAAAGUCAAAGAACUCCUUCAGGCCAACCCACCAAAGAGAAAGCUCUCCCAAACCGAAGAGAACUGCAAAUUGGUCUUUGUUGAAGGCUCCAAGCGCAGACGCCGUCAUGAUCAUCAUGCUAAGCACGACCUUGAAGACUACUUGAAGACCCACCUCUCUUGGUUGAAUGAUGCCCAAAAAGAAGAGGUCCGAAAAUUGAAGGCUGCUGGAAAAGGCCGGGAUGAUAUCCAAGUCAAAGUCAUGGAAUACUACGAAGCCGCUACUGGAGAACAAAAGGAAAAGGCGACGGCUCAACUUCAAGCUGGUUGCCGAGAACUUCUCCAGCAUGUAAUUGGAGACGAAAAAAUGGCAGAAUUGAAGAAAUUUAGGGAAAGUGGAAAGAGUUUAGCAGAAGUCGCCGUCAAGGCUAAUGAGUUCGUUGCUGCGGUUGGAGAGACCGAACAUGUAAAGGAGGCCAAGAAGUACACCAAGCAGUGCAAGUCCUUGUUUGGCGUUGCAGCUCGUCGUCGUAGACACGAUCUAUCCUUCAUCAAUUUCUAA